CUUAAGAAUAGGUCAAGUUGUCUACAAAUAAAAAUAACAAAGAUAUAACUCAGUUUACACUAGGUUGUGACUAACUUAUUGAUAAUUGAAUUGUAUGUUUUAAUGUUUCACUAAAUUAGUCUUAUACGUAUUGUAUACUUUUCUGAAUUAAGCACAUAAAAACGCGCAAUCGUAGUUCGGAGAUUUUGAAAAUCAUUAUUUUCAAUAAAUAAAAUUUCGAUUAAGACAUAUAAGCCAGUCUCUUAUUUCAUGAUGAACACAAAUAAAGUUUGUGCUUCUUGCUGCGAAGUCGUCUAUCCUCUGGAAUUGAUAAGAUGUUUUGAUCAGGUAUGGCAUAGGAGAUGUUUCCGUUGUCAGCACUGUGGGAUGGCCUUAAGCAUAUGUAACUAUCAUGGUGGGUAUGAUAAGAAGCCAUAUUGUGCGGCACACACUCCAAAGCCAACCUCAUUUACAUUCAUUCCGGAUACACCAGAACUAUUGAGAGUAGCUAACAAUACAAGAAUGUUUAGCAGUAUAAGAUACAGUGCAGAUGCUCAACGUAUUAGAAGCAAAAUCACUUCAUUUCCAGAUGACUUAUGGACUCAACAUACAUUGAGACUAUCAAAACAAUACAGUGAGGCAAACAGUGUUCGUUCUGGACGAAGCUCUGGAUUUGAUGAACGCUGUUCACCACAAUCAUAUGGACGUAGUGCUUCAUACUACAAUAGUUAUACACCACCACCUACUCGAUUUGGAUUAAGCAAUCAAUGCACUUCACCACAUACUUUUUCAAAUUCGUCAGGCAUUAAUUCUAGACCACUAUCGAAUAGCGGUGGAUGUCAUCUUAAAAUCGAUCCAAUCAAUCAUCAUCAUCAUUAUGAUCAAGGGCAUACACCACCGGCAAAUCAUAAUGGACUAAGUCGUUCUGGUUCUUGUCAUUCAGUUAUUAUUACUCCUACAGGUCUUCCUCCUGGAAAUAACAAUAACACCGCUGGUGGCAAUGUAGGUUCUACAGAAACUAUUAAUAUACCUAGAGGCUCGACGGUUAACCUAAACUUUCAUGGUCAUACACACCAAAAUUCAGGAUUUGGUGGGACUUUUGUAGCACAGUAUGGUUACGAAGCUAGAGAAGACGAUGAAGUGACAUUCAAAUCUGGUGAUAUUAUAGUGAAUGGUGCACCUAUUACUGAAGGUUGGAUGUAUGGUACUGUUCAACGAACUGGAAAAUUUGGAAUGCUUCCAUCGAAUUAUGUUAAACCAUACCGUUAAACAUUUCAAUCAUUACAUUUACUAUUUAUAACUAUGAAUAAGUUUUUCUUUCAUUUUAUUUGUAUUUUUAAUUCAGGUAGCUUUUCUUUAUUUUUAUUAUAGUCCUAUAAACGCAUAUCACUAUCAUCAUAACAUAUCAUGAGAGUUUAUUUAAACAAAAAGACCUCUGAUAAAAUUCAUUAGGCAAAUAACGUUUCUCUUUUUUUUUUUCUUACUCAGAGAUUUCUCAACAUAUUUCAUAAAAUCUUUUUCAAAUAAAUCACAUAAACUAUAAACUUUAUGAGGUUUUUUUUUCAUCGUAUUGCUAUGAUAGCAUUUUCGAAAGUUUAUAGUAUAGGAUAUUAUAGCUUAUGAAUUCCUAUCAAUUAAUCUAUAUUUAUCUUUUAUUUACUAUAUAUACAUAUUUGAAAAAUAAAAAAAUAUAUUCAGUUUAUGUAAGGAACACAAUUCCAAAUAUACAAACUAUUCAAUGACAUUCAUCAAUCACACUAACUUACAUAUCCUUAUUAAACAUUGAAAUUAUAUUCGAUUAACAUUUCGUCUCUUUCAUAAUUAUUUAGCUUUUUAUUAGCUACUUUUUUUUAAAAUAUGCUCUCCUGUCUGUAUGUGUACCUGAGUACCUAUAAUAAUAAUAAUAAUAACAAUAAUAAUAAUAAUUAUUAUUAUUGUUACUAUAGUAACAAUAUUGAACAUAGUUUCAGUUCAAUUAUUACCUGUUUACAUUUUUAUCACUUUUUUAGUGACACAUUCCCAGAUUGUUUCUAAACUUUCGUUUUGAGAAAAAAAAUAAGAUUCUUCUACUAAUCAGCUUUUUUAUAUCAACAAUAUUUUCAUGAAUCUCAAAUAAAACAUCAUUGAUGAUUCUA